AAAUUUGGCAGGUGAAAUUCGCUUGUGACUGCCACUCGUGACGGUGACAAGGCCGUGUCCUCCAUUCGGACUGCCUUUGUAUUGUGGUUCUCACCCACACACACAUCUGUUACCGCCAUAAUCUCUCAAGCGCUCCCCCAAGCAUAAAGGGACGUUCCCGCUCCUCCAUCCUAUUCCCCACCGAAUCCCCUCGGACGCAGGACGACACAACGCGGAGUGACGGCUGUGAUGGGCAAUUGUGGUUCACAACCCGACCAGGCGGGCAAAGAGAAGAGCGAUGCGAUUGACCGCCAACUCGAUGAGGACAGUAAGAGGUUCAAGAAAGAGUGCAAGAUUCUACUCCUAGGCUCCGGCGAGUCCGGCAAAUCCACAAUCGUGAAACAAAUGAAGAUCAUCCACCAAGACGGAUUCAGUCGUGACGAGCUCCUCGCCUUCCGACCGACCAUCCACAAAAAUGUACUUGACUCAGUGCAGGCCGUCAUUCUCGCCAUGCGGAAGAUGGGUGUUGACCCCACACACUAUGGCAAUCGGGUACUGGCGGAUAAGAUCAUCGAUGCUGUGUCUGUGACCGAGACCCCCGACUUCUUGACUCCGGAGAUCGCAGACGCCAUCAGCCAGGUGUGGCAAGACCCCGUGAUCAUGAAGAUCCUCGACGAGCACCACAGCGAAUUCUAUCUCAUGGAUAGCGCUGUCUAUUUCUUCACGGAAGUGUUGCGCAUCGGGGCACCAGAUUACGUGCCCACAGAAGCUGACGUUUUACGAGCUCGAGCCAAGACGACAGGGAUCGUGGAAACACGUUUCAACAUGGGCGGACUAGCGAUACACAUGUUCGAUGUCGGGGGUCAGCGCUCAGAGAGGAAGAAAUGGAUCCAUUGUUUUGAAAGGCAAGUUUCCUUUCGUGCGCCCUUCCCUUCUCUCAUCGUGUUACACAGUGUAACGAGCAUUAUAUUUUGCACGGCGUUGAGCGAAUACGACCAAACGCUGUUGGAGGCCAAAGAUCAAAACAGGAUGAAGGAGUCUCUCCUGCUCUUUGACUCUGUGAUCAACUCUCGAUGGUUCCUACGAACAUCGAUCAUUCUAUUCCUCAACAAGAUAGAUGUGUUCAAGGCCAAGUUAGCCAAGGCACCUCUGAAUCGAUUAUUCCCCGAGUAUGUCGGUGGUGACGACAUCAACAACGCGGCACGGUUUAUUCUGUGGAGAUUCAUGCAAACGAAUCGUGCGCGGUUGAGUGUCUACCCGCAUUUAACGCAAGCGACGGAUACCUCGAACAUCCGUCUUGUAUUUGCUGCGGUCAAGGAAACGAUCUUGCAGAACGCGCUCAAAGACUCGGGCAUAUUGUGAGCCUGUGUCAAGUGUCUCGUUCUGUUUUACUACGCAUUUGUACCAUCAACCCACACCACUGCAUCGCUCAUGUCUAUCGCAUUGUCACUGCUUUUGCCUGAAUGGCCCUUCCAAUACUGAUAUGUUUCUACCUUAAUCUGCUACCAUUACAUAGAGCGGAUCUUGUUGGGCCGUUUUGUAACAUCUAUAGUUUGUAUUCACAUCAGAUUCUCUCUUUGGACUGAUUCUUUUAUCUGCCUCAGAAUGAUCUAUGAUCUAGUGUGA